GUGGCCGGUGCGACGCGGGGCGCGUGGGGUCACGGGCUCCGCGGUCGCGCACUCACGCCACGCCUGACGCGGGAAGCCGGCCGGAACCAUCCAACGCGCAGCGGCCGCCGCGUCGUCGUCGUCGCCGCCGCCGCCGCCGCCGGCGUGACGCCUCGCCUACAGAAACAAACACGAGCUGCCUAAUUUUCCACUCCCGCGGAACAGCGCGACCCGGGAGGCGAAUCAGAUCAACCCCCCCCCCCCCCCCUCCGCGCACCGACCGUCCGGGAUCGCGAGGUGGGUUUGGAACCCCCGCGGUUGCGGGCCGAGUUAGGUUGUCUUGGUCCCGUCCUCGCGCCGGCUCCCCUUGCCGGCCAAAUCCCCAGCGGCUCCGCUCCUUCCCCAGGCAGCAUUUUGUUUCCUUGACGUGCAAGCUUUGUUGAUUGGAGUUCGCAAUGGGAGGCUGUGCGGGGAAGGCACGUCGGGAAGACGAUGAUAAGCUUGAUUUCAAAGGUGGAAAUGUGCAUAUCAUAACAACCAAAGAGGGCUGGGAUCAGAAGAUUGCAGAAGCAAACAGAGAUGGGAAAACCGUUGUGGCAAAUUUCAGCGCUUCCUGGUGCGGACCAUGCCGUGUCAUUGCUCCUGUCUAUGCUGAGAUGUCAAAGACUUAUCCUCAACUCAUGUUCUUGACAAUAGAUGUUGAUGACCUGAUGGAUUUCAGCUCCUCAUGGGAUAUCCGUGCGACCCCGACGUUCUUCUUUCUCAAGAACGGGCAGCAGAUCGACAAGCUGGUCGGCGCUAACAAACCUGAGCUCGAGAAGAAAGUGCUAGCAGCCGCUGGCGGCAGUUCGAGCAAGUGACAGGGAACUGGACAAGCUUGGGCUAUCUACUGCUCGUCUCUCAUUAUUCGAUAGUUUCCCAAUGUAUAGUUUCCUGUGUCUGUGUGCAAGUCUGUGUUGUCAGAGAUGAUGCUUUACAGUUUUGCCCUUAUGCCUGGUUUCGCACAUACUCAAGCUGUCAAGUUAUGUGAACCUGUGCUUGCCAAAAGACGAGAUAAAGAGAGAGAGAAAAAAAAACCCAGUAAUGUGAAGCAGCUCUUUUGACUGAGUUUUGCAACAUAAUAUUGGUGGAUGGUAAUGUGCUUGGUUGGGGAAAAUGUUGUGCUGAUUGGGUCGUUUCAUGUUGACUAGUGAUUAUUGUUGCAAAUGUAUGAGUUGCUUUCUCA